UGAACACCACUUCAAAUACCUUCGUAAACAAACAAAUGUGGGCUGGAGCUUAAAUUGUCCCUGCUGUUUGAUGGGCCUGCCCGUGAAACUUGCUUAUUAUGUCAGAGUUGAUGACUGGAGCGUUGCAUUCACUGCCCGCUUACGUUUUGGGCGCUCCCGGGGACCCUCCUCCAUCAAAACGUCAGAAACGACCGCUAUAAAGCUCAUGUGAGGCCAUACCGACCGCUCAGAGUCGCAUAUACCUCGUUAACGGGACAACCUGCGGUCUGCCUCCUCUGAGACAAUAAGGCGGCUCCACAUUUAAGUGAUACAGACUUAGAGGAGAAGUGUGCCAGGCCACCGGAUAAAUCUGCUGGAGUGAGUACAAGUAUGCAAAAGACCAGAUUGCUUGUUUCUACGGAUCAGUUUCAUAUAUGUGGGAGAGCGUCUUUUUCGGGACUUUGAAUUGAGUUGUGUCUAAUGGGCGAACACAAAAUUGGAUUUCCGCAGGCGAAGGGGACAAGAAAACGAAACAAGCGAGGAGUUUUUAAGCAUUAGUUUCCAAGGGAAGUUUAGAGAAGCACAAGAAGAACCAUAGGUCACAGGACUGUGAUUUUGACGGAUAGUUGACACGGACCCUGGUAGUCCUCCACACAUUUCAACCAUCGAGCGAACAAAUGCAGAGAGAAAGAUGCAUUUGGGCAAGGCUUUACUGUUUGUCAUCCUCCUCAACUGCGCAACUUUGAGCUCAUCCCUGUCAACUUGUGCCACUGUGGAUAUUGACCAUGUGAAAAGGAAGAGGGUCGAGGCGAUACGGGGUCAAAUUUUGAGCAAACUUCGGCUGACUAGUCCUCCACAAUCCCUUGGACCGAGUAAAAUCCCCUAUCAAAUCCAAGCGUUGUAUAACAGCACCAAGGAGCUACUGGAGGAGUUGGGGAGGGAUCGGCAGCAGAGUUGCGGUCAAGACAACACAGAGACAGAGUACUAUGCCAAAGAGAUAUACAAAUUCAACAUGGACAACGGACCGCCGGAGAACAACGAUCUGUCUUACUGCCCAAAAGGCAUUACUUCUAAGGUUUUCCGUUUUAACAUCUCCGCCAUGGAGAGGAACGCCACCAACCUGUUCAGAGCAGAGUUUCGAGCGCUGAGAGUUCCAAACUCGACUGCCAAGAGGAAUGAACAGCGGAUUGAGCUCUACCAGAUCGUGAGGCGAAAUGAACACAUUAGAAAGCAGCGCUUCAUUGGAGCCAAGAAUGUGCUGACCAAAGGUACCGCAGAAUGGAUUUCCUUUGAUGUGACCGAAACAGUGCGGGAGUGGCUGAUGAAGAGAGGAUCUAAUAUGGGUUUGGAAAUUAGUGUCCACUGUCCAUGCCACACCUUCAGCCCAAAUGGCGACAUCAUUGACAAGGAAAGUGAGGUCCUGGAGGUCAAGUUUAAAGGUAUUGAUGAAGAGGAGGAGCACAGUCGCUUGGAUCUGGAUCACUUGAAGAGGAAAAUGGAACAGAAUCUCCCUCAUCUCAUCCUCAUGAUGAUCCCACCCCACCGCCUGGACACUCAGUCAACACGCCGACGCAAGAGAGCGCUGGACACAAACUACUGUUUCUCAAACACGGAGGAGAGCUGCUGUGUUCGCCGGCUGCACAUUGAUUUCCGCCGUGAUUUGGACUGGAAGUGGAUCCACGAGCCCAGUGGUUACGAUGCCAACUACUGCUCUGGGCCAUGCCCUUACCUGAGGAGCUCAGACACAACGCACAGCUCGCUGCUGAGCCUCUACAACACUCUGAAUCCAGAGGCAUCCGCCUCCCCCUGCUGUGUCCCCCAAGACCUGGAACCCCUCACUAUACUCUACUACUCUGGACGGACACCUAAAGUGGAGCAACUCUCCAACAUGAUUGUCAAGUCUUGCAAGUGUAGCUGAGAGGACAUGAAUGUGAGGCAGUGUGGCAGGAUUUUACUCGGUACAGACCAAACCCAUGCAUGACUUUUGGACUUUUAGCUGUGACAAAUACUUAAACUGUGGCCUCAUGGCUUAGAUUUGAAGACCACUCAGGAGGUGGCACAUUUUUAACGAUGCAGAUUUUCUCAAAAAACAAAAAACCCCAAAACAAACAAACUUGAUAUUUUGAUACUAAUUUUUAUUGUUUCCCUCAAUUGGUUCUGGUUGACAAGUAAAGUAGUUUAAUUUGAAUCUAACUAAAAAAAUAGUCCCAAAUAAGACUUGAGCUUAAAAUAUUUCCCCCUAUAUUUGUGAGGAUGGACAACAUACUUUAGAGGCUAGAUUGACAAGGGCACCUAUUUGUGACAAAAUGAAAGAAAUUAAAAUAAAAACAACAAAAAAACUAACUAUAGCUGCUUCAUUGAUAAUUACUCAAAGAGGGCUACGUUGUAGUAUUUUUGUGUAACUCUUUCUUGAAUCUAGCCUUGAUUUUACAUUGUUAGUCGUCACAAAUAUAGACAGGUCUCUUCUUUCAGGCCCAAUUUUCCCUUAAACUUGCCUUAAAUUCCCUUCACUUCAAACAGUGGGCAUUAUCUUCAAACACAAAAGGAGAAAGGACAGACUUGCUGCUGUAUCCAAAGCCAUAGCUGUGGUCAGGGAAAAGGAGAGCUGAGAGAGAAUGCCUGCUGGAUUUGCAAUGGAAAGUCAAUGAACAAAGAAGGUUGAGCCAAGCUUUUCUUUUUUUGGCCAGCCAGCAGCAAUGGUCUCGUUUUUAUUUUUUUUUCUCGGUGAAUCUAUUAAAACGAAUGGAAGAAGAAGAAGAAGAGGGGACCUGUAUGGAAGGGAAGAACUGUGAUGGAAACUAGCCACGAGCACACUGCCAUUCACUGGAAGUUUUCAUCUUUAACAGGUUCACAUUAUUUUUGGGACAUCAAAGAAUAUACUGGAAAAGAACACGUGUUAUGCAACAGGUUUUUAUGAGACUUCUUUUACAUUAAUAGCAGAUUUAGUCUGUUAUGCAACUUGUCGUAUAGUGAUUGUUUCACUAACUGGGAAGAAGAUUGACGUGUAACAGUUUUAUAUUAAACUGUGGGUACUGUUACAUUUCCUUUGUGAUUUAGAAAGAAUAUGCAACAUUAUUGUCCAUAUAGGAGUUUAACCUGUUAUGUGGAAUCCCCUUAUUUGUCUGACUAAAGGCCAUUUUUUUAGUGCAGCUGUUUUCUUCUAUUUCUUUUGUCUCCUGUCAACUCACCUGUCACCCUUCACUCCAGCCCGCUGACAAGGAAUUUACAUGUGCAGUCUGGGCUUCCCAAAACAUUGCAGUCUUUCAUUCCCUUUUGCUCUGUCUCUGUUUGUUUUGGUGCUCUCUUACAGUGUGAAGUCCUAAUGGAACAGAAAUGAAGAGGGAGUGGAGGAAAAGUUAUAACAUGACAGUGGCCUGAUGUACAGUUAGACCUCAUUUUCUCCAACUCAUUUCUGAAUCCCUGUACUGUUUGACAUUUGCCCAAUCGCAGUCAUCUAGCUUUUAGGUGACAUUUACAUCAUGUUGUUGUUUUUUUGUUUGGUUUUUUUGGCAGUCAUGUUGUUUGAUAAAAUGAUUGUUAUUAAAAAGACAUCAUGCAAAAAUC